CUUUCCUCCUACACACGAGCGAACAGACACACUCUCUCAAGACCACAAAAGCCGAUCCCCGAAAGAGCAAGGUCUGUCCCACAGGUCUUCGCGCACGCGUUCGAUCGUCCCGCACGUAGAGUCACGAUGUCUCGUACACGAAAACCCGGGUCCAACAAGGAGCAAAACCGCGGGGCGGGAGCCCGUCGGGGCACCGAGAAAAAGAAAAGCCUGAUCGUGAAGUUGAAACUGAAACCGAAAUCGAGGUUGAUUAUACCAAGGGAACCAUCAAUCGAGCUCGGCGUUCUGCCAUCCAAGGAGAUUCCAACACAGCAUGAGAUGGUGGAGAGGUGUAUGCGUGAGGCAGGUGUUCACGCAGACUUCAUGCUCUUGCCUGAAGCCAAUGAUCUCACAUUCGAGGAUGCGGAAGAGGAGAUGAAGCGCCUCGGGUUGUUCACGCGCAAGCUCUUCCUCGGCGGUCGCAAGGCCGAACCGCCCUAUGAGGUAUGGGCUUACCUCAAGACGUACGAAAGCAAGGCUGGGGAGAUAUACGUUUACAGGGUUACCAAGAAGAACGGUGAAGAGGUUGAGAGAAAGAUGAUCGAAGGAGCUUCGUGGGGCGAUACUGAGCUGAUAUACCCGUUCCAAGUGCUCGUCAGGUUGGGUACCGCCGACGCCAGAAAGCAGCUCAACACGCUGAUCCAAUAUGCGUUUCUGGACGCCAAAGAAGUCGAUCGCGUAUGGGUUGGAGAGGCUAGAUACGCUAUGACUCUGCUCAAGCGCGCUGUGCGCCAUAUUGCGAAGGCUUACAAGCUGUACCCUGGGGGUGUAGCAGCUGUACCGGACCUCUUCCGCCCGGUUGAUCUGUACAAGGACGCUGUUCCGAUAACGAACCGAGCUCUUUACACCUUUCGCCAUCUCACUGCCCAAAUGGAGAGAGUUUCUGUCACACCUUUCCCAGCAGGACCGAAUCGCACUGCAGAGGGAGCUGGCGAUGAAUUAGAGCUGCAGCGGGAGCUUAACCGAUUCAAUCGCGCUCGGUUGGAGCUCCGUCAGACUGAGGAGAAACGGAAAACCCUGAAGAGGGAGAUGGAAGAAGCCAGGGCCAAAGUGGCUGCUAUCCUGGUGAGCGGAACGAAGGAGCAGAUACAGGCUGGCAUUUAUAGCUUCAUGAAUCUGGGCAGUGAUAUGGAGGAUGGAGACAAUCAGGAAUAG